AUGGCUGCAGUCCUUCAGGAUAAGGAAGGAACCAGAAUAACGCUGGAAGCCACGAGCAAAGAUAAGAGCUUUGUCGAGUAUGUCAGCGACAAGUGCGAGAAAGAGAGCACAAUUCUGCUGUACAGGCCGACUGUGGCCUCGUGCAGGUACUCUCUGACAGAUCAUCCGACGUCUCUGAAAGUGGUGGAAGAUCGCACGGUUAUUCUGGGCUCGAGCGAGCACAUCGAUACAGUGUCGGAAACUUCCGUCAGCUUCGGCGCGCUCCAGCCCGGCGGGGUGCACAAAGUCGAAGGCCUGCUAAUCUACAAGAGUCGUAUCUCAACGCCCACGACAGCCAGGGGCGACCGUGACGUCAUGAAAAUCGUCAUCAAAGACAUGAACGGGAUCAUGGGUGGGAUUGCGAUCUCGGGCGACAUGGCGCACCUUCCAGAGCUGAAGAAGCUCAAGGUUCGCGAGGACGUCGUCGUGGUCAGCGGAGUUCAGUAUGAUCAAGAUCAGGGCUGCAGCAGUACCAGAAACACUACGAUUGCUCGAAGCGACGCGAGCGCACCUGCUGUAGCCGGGAUAGGGCUGACUUACCGGGUGUGCACCGUCGAUCGGAUCACUCCGUGGGCUCGCGACGUCCAGUCACUCGCGGGAAACAAGUGGACGACCAUGACGGCGCUGGCAAGCUUCACCAACCUCACCAAGAUUGACUCCAUCGGAUAUGCAGCUCAGCCAGCCGCAAUCCGUCAAAUUUCUCUUCUUACAAUUACCGCAGCGGAUGUGCUGUCCGUGAAGAUCUGGCCGAACGAGUUCGCGCUCGUGACGGGCGCGCAUCUGAAGAGCUUCUCUGCCAAGCCCCCGAACGAGCAACUGGAGAAUCUGAACACCCGACUCAAGAAUCGCAGCUUCGCGAUGCACCUGCGCAUCCGCGAGAACCCGAAUACCCAGUACAGUCAGUUUCAGGCCAACGUGAUUGGUCUCGAGCUGCCUCCGGAAUUCCGCUUUUUCAACAAAAAAUACAAGGCAGAAUAA